ACUUGUACAGUUAUCGGACAUCACUUGAAGUAUAAAGGUUUAGUAAAUAGCGCUGGCAAACAACAAUCAGGCAAUUCAUAGAAAAUGCCUGUAUCCGUUUUUCCCGUUAUACCAUACAUUUUUCUUUUCAUCCACCUUGUCUACGGGGGACCAUGUGACAACAUCGUAUCCGUAACUUCAUCAUGGGCCGGAGGUUAUACUACCGCUCUUAAAGUUCCCAUUCAGACCUCAAUCACUAGUUGGAAGAUGGACGUUACAUUUUCUUCGGUUCUUUCAAGCAUUCAGGUUUGGGACGCUACGUCGACUGUGACUAACACGCUGCAAUAUCGACUAAGCAAUGUCAGCUAUAAUGGAAUUCAGAAUGCUGGUGCUACGUUAAGCGGCGUCGGCUUCAAUGCUUAUUAUGUUUCCACAGCUCCCGCACCCGUUAUAACUAGUGUUCUUUUUAAUGGCAUCAACGUCUGCGCUAAUGUAACUACGACUACCACUAAACCUCUAACAACAACCAAGCCAUUGACAACAGUAAAGCCGUUAACCACGACUGUUAAACCAUUGACAACAACUACUAUCAGACCGAUGACUACAAAUUCGGGAAGUGGAUUGCCAACCAAAUAUAACUACCGCGAAGCAAUCACGAAAUCCCUCCUCUUCUACUAUGCGCAGAGAUCUGGUCCGCUUCCAGUCGCUGAUAAUCCAAUUCCUUAUCGGUACGAUUCUGCCUUAAACGAUCGUGGACAAAGCGGAGAGGACCUCACCGGAGGCUACUAUGACGCCGGAGAUCAUUUGAAGCUUGGAUUUCCUUUAGCCAGCGCCAUUACUAUCAUAGCAUGGUCGAUAGUUGAUUUUCCCGUUGGUUAUUCAUCUGCAGGUCAGUUGACAAAUGCCCAAAAUAUGGUGAAAUGGGCAACCGAUUAUUUUAUCAAAGCUCACGUAGCAGCCAAUAAAUUAUAUGGUCAAGUGGGCGAUGGCACUCUAGAUCACAACUAUUGGGGACGUCCUGAAGAAAUGACUAUGAGUCGACCGGCCUUCUUCAUUUCCGCAACAAAUCCUGGGUCCGAUUUAGCCGGAGAAACAGCUGCAGCUUUGGCGGCAACUUCAAUGGUUUUUAAAAUGGUCAACAGCACUUACUCAGCUAUUUGCCUGACAAGAGCUAAGCAGUUGUAUGCCUUCGCCAAACAAUACCAAGGGAAGUAUAGUCAGUCAAUUCCUCAAGUAGCCGAGUUUUAUCCAUCAAGUGGUAUUGGAGACGAAUUGACUUGGAGUGCUAGUUGGCUUUAUAGGGCUACUAACGAUGUUACUUACCUGAAUGAUGCCAAAGCAUUUUACAACCAAUUCAGUCUUUCGAGCAACCCUUGGGAAUUUUCAUGGGAUUCGAAAACCCCCGGUGUUCAGGUUAUGUUGGCCAAACUGACGGGUGAAACCCAGUACAAGAAUGCAUUAAAAGUGUUCUGCGAUUCCAAAGUAAAUCAGCCAAAAACUCCGAAAGGACUUCUUUUCAUCAACAAAUGGGGGUCGUUGCGCCAUGCAUCAAAUAUCGCUUUCAUUUGUCUUCAAGCUGCCGAACUUAACAUCAGUACACUAACAUACCGCCAAUUCGCGCAAAAGCAAAUUCAUUACGCGCUUGGAGACACAGGCCGAAGCUUUGUUGUAGGGUUCGGAGUCAAUCCUCCUGUAAAGCCACAUCACUCUUCCAGUUCAUGUCCGAACAGACCUGCCCCUUGUGACUGGAGCACCUAUAGUUCGACCGCACCCAAUCCGCAGAUUCUGUAUGGAGCUCUUGUUGGCGGGCCGGACAAUAACGACGUCUACGUAGAUGAUCGGAACAACUAUAUUACAAAUGAAGUAGCCUGUGAUUACAAUGCGGGCUUCCAAGCGUCUUUAGCCGCUCUACAAUCACUGGCUGUACAAGGACUCUUCAACUAGAUAACUGAUUGCAACGAUACACGUAAAGAAAAUUAUGAAGCGAUAUUUUAAAGCUUUCAACGGAAAACGCUAGCAACUGUUGUUUCGGAAUUUGAUGCAGAAUUUGACGUGUUCGCGUUCGUUACAUCGCUUGGUAGCUUCAA